AUGUCGACAACGGAGACUGCCUCGCCCAUUGGCAUUGCCAAUCUCCCAAACCAGCGGCACAAGAUUGUUGCGAAGCGGGGUGCGGCGUUCACUAUUAUGGUUGCGGGAGAGUCGGGACUGGGAAAAACGACCUUCAUCAACACCCUGUUCUCCACCACCAUUAAGAACUACGCCGACCACAAGCGCCGCCACCAGAAGCAGAUUGACCGCACUGUCGAGAUUGAGAUCACCAAGGCUGAGCUCGAGGAGAAGUUCUUCAAAGUCCGUCUGACUGUCAUCGAUACCCCCGGCUUUGGCGACUAUGUCAACAACCGUGACUCGUGGCAACCUAUCAUCGAGUUCCUGGAUGACCAGCACGAGUCGUACAUGCUCCAGGAGCAGCAGCCCCGCCGGACGGACAAGAUUGACAUGCGCGUUCACGCUUGCCUGUACUUCAUCCGACCCACCGGACACACCCUGAAGCCCCUGGAUAUUGAGGUCAUGAAACGUCUGAGCUCUCGUGUCAACUUGAUCCCCGUCGUUGCCAAGGCUGAUACCCUGAGCCAUGCCGACCUGGUCCGCUACAAGGAGCGAAUUCGCGCUGUGAUCGAGGCCCAGGGCAUCAAGAUUUACACUCCGCCCGUCGAGGAGGACGAUGAGCACGCAGCCUCCCACGCCCGCAGUCUCAUGGCCGCCAUGCCUUUCUCGGUCAUCGGUUCGGAGAAGGACGUCAAGGCUAACGAUGGACGUGUCGUCAAGGGCCGUCAGUACGCCUGGGGUGUUGCCGAGGUGGAGAACGAGGACCACUGCGAUUUCAAGAAGCUCCGUUCUAUCCUGGUCCGCACCCACAUGCUGGACCUUAUCCACACGACCGAGGAAUCGCACUACGAGGCCUACCGUGCCCAGCAGAUGGAGACGCGCAAGUUCGGCGAGGCCCGGCCGCGCAAGCUCGACAACCCCAAAUUCAAGGAAGAAGAGGAGACUCUGCGCAAACGCUUCACCGAGCAGGUCAAGGUCGAGGAGGGCCGCUUCCGCCAGUGGGAGCAGAAGCUCAUCUCCGAGCGAGACCGACUCAACAAGGACCUCGAGGCCACCCACGCUGCGAUCAAAUCACUGGAACAGGAGAUCGAAAACCUGCAGGGCUCCAGCACCCGCAGCCACGGACGUCGCUAG